AUGGAGUCGUCGAAAGGAAAAGCUAUUGAGAAACUGGUGAUAAGCACGGUUCGUCCAAAAGUGAAGAACAGUCAAACUAAACCGGAAAAUGAGCAAAUAAAUUCAGCUGUUAUGAAAGUUCUUCAAGGAUACGAUUGGACUUUAGUACCAGCCGCAGUGAAUGCUACUAAUUUUGACUUCAAGAGAUAA